UUGAUCUUACUCUGACCACCAGCUAAAAAACAGUCAAAAUGAUAUUAUGGUUCGUAUCAUGUAUUACCCACUGCUAAUAAGCCUGCUACACAAUCAAAUGCAACUACCUGAACAGUUGAAGGUAAACCAUAGUUGGAUAUUUUUUCAAAAUAAAUAUCGUUCAGGUCAAUAUCCCGCGAAAGAGGCUGCUCUAGUCUUUUGUCUUUGGAAAGGAAUGUCUUUGAGACAACAUUCUCUUUGGCCUUGUUAGCUAAGCCAGAUAUUUUAUCAAACAAAGACAUAAAGAAAAGAAGUAAACUUGCCGUGAAAGUCCGCAUUUAUUUCUUUUUCCUUCUCCAGAAUGGCAAACGCAUCAUCGAAAAAGGUUGCAACUAAAAAUAAACAGACGCUCGUCAAUCUUCAAAAAGGUAUUAUGGCUAUCAAUGCUGUGUAUGUCUUGUGGCGUAUUAUCUAUCACUGGAGCACGUUUACUUUUGGACAAUGUUUGCUUUACGUUACAACAGCUGGAAUAAGUAUGUUGCUGUAUCGUGUUCUUCUUUCCUCAGGUACUCCUGAAUACAGUGCUGAUGGUACUUUAAUCAGAAGUGGUGAUGACCUUGCUGCAGAGGGUUUAACAGCAUACAUGUUUGAUAUCAUAUAUAUUACCUGGUUUGUUCAUUUGACCACUGCCUUCAUUUCAAACAAGUUUUGGUAUACAUAUAUAGUCAUUCCUGGUUAUGCUGCAUAUAAGUUAGUGCCUAUCGCUAUGGGUUAUCUAAGCCAAAAAAAGCCAUCCGAACAAGAGUCAAACACGGGUAAAUCAAAACGUCAAAUGAAAUUAGAAAAAAGAGCCAGUAAAGGCCAACAUGUGAAAUAUUGUUAACAAGUUUAU